AUGUCUUUAAGUUCUAUCAAAGUUAUAGUUGGAGAAAAGUUUGGUAUUAAUCCAGCUACGUUUGAAAUCCAAGUCCAGGACAAGUACUACAGAGAAACUAUUGUCUUAGACAAUGAAUACUUGGGGGAAUUACACGAACGACUACAUUUGAGAUAUAUGAAUACGAUUUACGGUGAUAUUUUAUUGGAUCACCAACCAGCAAAUUAUUAUGAUUGGCAACACUGCAUGAAGAAAGUAAAACAUGAAGAUUCGACAAUAGAUUUAUUAUACAAACCUAAUAGUACCAAGAGUAAAACUAGAAUACAAGAUGUGAUCAAUAUCAUCUACGGAGAAGAAAAACUAGCCUCAAGUCCAGAAGAAUUAUCUAUUUCGACAUCAUCAGAAAUAGCAACACUAGAUGCAUACAAAUCAGAUGAAUCCAUCGACUUGACGAACUGUUCCAGACCAUUAAUGUACGAAAAUCCAUUUGCUCUACGUCCCCCAAAUAAUGACCUCAUACUACCUUUAUGUGCUCUCAACACCUCAAUUGCAGAGGAAACGUCGGAAACAUCAUUUCAAUCGUAUCAAAAUGAAUUAGGUUUAACUGAAAAAAUUAAUUUUGGAGUGCCAGCUGUUGCCGACAAUCUUAAAGAUACUCUUAUAAAUCCGCCACCCAGCAAUGAAGCCAUUCCAACAGGAACAUUAUGUCCAGGUAUUUAUGAGAGAAUUUUCGACUAUCCUACCUUACCUCUUCUUGAUCAUAUUGCGCAACCGGCAACAUCACUACCGUUAUCAGCUUCAUUAAAAAUUGCGCACGACGUUCAACCUUAUCAGAAUAUACAGCACGAUACAAAUAUUUCCGACGACUUUAUAGACCGAAAAAUCGAUCACCUUAUGUUAUGCAUUCCGGCACGAUACAUCUUUUUAAAUCAACAAUCAGUACAUGACAUUUAUUUGAUGGUUGCUGUUGUGCAUGAAGAAAAAGUCGAUAAUAAACGAAACUUUUAUACAUCUGAUGAUAUACAAUUCUUGCCUCCUGGUGCAAAAAAACACACAGAUGGGAUCAAUCCAAUUCAACUAAAUUUAAAUUCACUGCAAAUUCAAUCUGACGGAACUUGCGGAUUAUCAUUAAGAUUAAUGAAUAGAUCAUGGUUAUCUAAGACGAAAACAGCGAAAAUGAAGGUAUUCUAUCAACUUAAUGAGGACACUGUGAAAAAUUUACAUCAUGCUGAAUUUGAUCAGAGAUCCAUUCGACUUGCAUGUAUACUUAUUCAAAAUAAGAAGAUAGAGUGGGAUACUUUUUGCCUAUCUGAUUAUAUUCGUCCAAGUAAAGUUACUCAUACUUUAAUUUAA